AAUUUGGAGGUGCCUCCAUAUUUGGUAGUCUGCCUUCCUUUAUUAAGGGAGAAGAGGCCCUGGCCGCAUCCAGGUCACUGCGUAAUCUGGAGGGCCGACAAAUACAGUGAACUUCUCUUCAAGAGUUCACAGCAAGGCUAAAAACAAUGGGAGAUGCACAAAUGGCAGAGUUUGGGCCCGCUGCCUCCUACCUGCGGAAAUCAGACAGGGAACGUCUGGAGGCACAGACUCGCAUAUUUGACAUGAAGAAGGAGUGUUUCGUGCCGGACACUGAGGAAGAGUACGUCAAGGGGUCCAUCAUCAGCAGGGAUGGUGACAAAGUCACUUGUGAAACUGAGAAAGGGAAGACCGUUGUUGUGAAAGAAGCAGACGUCCACCCCCAGAACCCGCCAAAGUUCGAUAAAAUCGAAGACAUGGCGAUGUUUACCUUCCUUCAUGAACCCGCUGUGCUGUUUAACCUCAAAGAGCGUUACGCAGCCUGGAUGAUCUACACCUACUCUGGGCUGUUCUGUGUCACUGUCAACCCCUACAAGUGGCUGCCAGUCUACAAUCAGGAAGUGGUCAUUGCUUAUAGAGGCAAGAAGAGAAGUGAAGCUCCUCCACAUAUCUUCUCCAUCUCUGAUAAUGCCUACCAGUACAUGCUGACAGACAGAGAAAACCAGUCCAUUCUUAUCACUGGAGAAUCUGGUGCUGGGAAGACUGUGAACACAAAGAGGGUCAUUCAGUACUUUGCCAGCAUUGCAGCUGGGGGUCCGAAGAGGGACGUGUCUGACAAGAAGGGGACCCUGGAGGAUCAAAUCAUCCAGUGCAAUCCUGCCCUGGAGGCCUUUGGUAAUGCCAAGACCAUCAGGAACGACAACUCCUCCAGAUUUGGUAAAUUCAUCAGAAUUCACUUUGCAGCCAGUGGAAAGCUGGCUUCUGCUGACAUUGAGACAUAUCUUCUGGAGAAGUCUCGUGUGACAUUCCAGUUGAAAGCUGAGAGAGACUAUCACAUCUUCUACCAAAUUCUGUCCCAAAGGAAGCCAGAAUUGCUGGAGAUGCUGCUUAUUACCAACAACCCCUACGACUACGCCUACAUCUCCCAAGGAGAGACCACUGUAGCCUCCAUUAAUGAUGGUGAUGAACUUUGUGCCACUGAUGAAGCUUUUGAUGUGCUGGGCUUCACUCAGGAGGAGAAGAAUAGCAUUUACAAGCUAAUCGGUGCCAUCAUGCACUACGGCAACAUGAAGUUCAAGCAGAAGCAGCGUGAGGAACAGGCAGAAGCUGAUGGUACUGAAGAUGCUGACAAAUCUGCUUAUCUGAUGGGGCUCAAUUCUGCUGAUCUUAUCAAGGGUCUGUGUCAUCCAAGGGUCAAAGUAGGCAAUGAGUGGGUCACCAAGGGCCAGAAUGUUGAUCAGGUGUAUUAUGCUAUGGGUGCGUUGUCUAAGUCAGUAUAUGAGAAGAUGUUCCUAUGGAUGGUGAUGAGAAUCAACCAAUCCCUGGACACCAAGCAGCCUCGCCAAUAUUUCAUUGGUGUGCUGGACAUCGCCGGCUUUGAGAUCUUUGAUUUCAACACCUUUGAGCAGAUGUGUAUCAACUUCACUAAUGAGAAGUUGCAGCAGUUCUUCAACCACCACAUGUUUGUGCUGGAGCAGGAAGAAUACAAGAAAGAGGGGAUUGAGUGGGAGUUCAUUGACUUUGGUAUGGACCUGCAGGCCUGCAUUGACCUCAUUGAGAAGCCCAUGGGCAUCAUGUCCAUCCUUGAAGAGGAGUGCAUGUUCCCUAAGGCUAGCGAUGCUACCUUCAAAGCUAAACUGUACGACAACCAUCUGGGAAAAUCAAACAACUUCCAGAAGCCCAGAGUUGUUAAAGGGAAACCAGAGGCCCAUUUCUCCCUGGUUCAUUAUGCUGGCACUGUAGACUACAACAUCAACAACUGGCUGGUGAAGAACAAGGACCCUUUAAAUGAGACUGUUGUGGGACUGUAUCAGAAGUCUACAAUGAAACUGCUAGCUAAUCUUUUUGCAAAUUAUGCUGGCGCUGAUUCAGCUGCGGAGCAGGGAGGUGGAAAGGGAGGCAAGGGAGGAGGAAAAAAGAAAGGCUCCUCCUUCCAGACUGUGUCUGCUCUCCACAGGGAGAACUUGAAUAAGCUGAUGACCAACCUGAGAUCGACUCAUCCACACUUUGUCCGCUGCAUCAUCCCCAACGAGACCAAGACUCCAGGAGCCAUGGAGAACCCUCUGGUCAUGCACCAGCUGCGCUGUAACGGUGUGCUGGAAGGCAUCAGGAUCUGCCGAAAGGGCUUCCCAAAUAGGAUCCUCUACGGGGAUUUCAAACAGAGAUACCGCAUCCUCAACCCUGCUGCUAUUCCAGAAGGGCAGUUCAUUGACAGCAGGAAGGGAGCUGAAAAACUAUUGGGCUCUUUGACUAUUGACCACAACCAGUACAAAUUUGGGCACACUAAGGUGUUCUUCAAGGCUGGUCUACUGGGUACACUGGAGGAGAUGAGAGACGAUCGUUUAGCUCUCAUCAUCACUGGAAUACAGUCCAGGGCCCGAGGUCUUCUGUCAAGAAUUGAGUUCCAGAAGAUAGUGGAACGCAGGGAUGCCUUGCUUGUGAUCCAAUGGAACGUACGAGCCUUCAUGGGUGUGAAGAACUGGCCCUGGAUGAAGCUGUAUUUCAAGAUCAAACCUUUGCUGAGGUCUGCUGAGGCUGAGAAGGAAAUGGCCAACAUGAAGGAGGAGUUCCUCAAACUGAAAGAAGCAUAUGCAAAAUCUGAGGCUCGCAGGAAGGAGCUUGAAGAGAAGAUGGUCUCUCUUCUCCAAGAGAAGAAUGACCUGCAAUUGCAAGUCCAGUCUGAACAAGAUAAUCUCUCAGAUGCUGAGGAGCGGUGUGAAGGGCUAAUCAAGAACAAGAUCCAACUGGAGGCCAAAGUCAAGGAGCUGACAGAAAGAUUGGAGGAUGAGGAGGAGAUGAAUUCAGAACUGACUGCCAAGAAGAGGAAGCUAGAGGAUGAGUGUUCUGAGUUGAAGAAGGAUAUUGAUGAUCUGGAGCUCACUCUAGCUAAAGUGGAGAAGGAGAAGCAUGCUACGGAGAACAAGGUGAAGAACCUGACUGAAGAAAUGGCAGCUCUGGAUGAAAUCAUUGCUAAGCUGACCAAGGAGAAGAAGGCUCUGCAGGAAGCUCACCAGCAAACACUGGAUGACCUCCAGAGUGAGGAGGACAAAGUGAACACCCUCACUAAAGCCAAGGCUAAACUGGAACAGCAAGUUGAUGAUCUUGAGGGCUCCCUGGAACAGGAAAAGAAGGUUCGUAUGGACCUUGAGAGAGCCAAGAGGAAGCUGGAGGGUGACUUGAAGUUAACCCAGGAAAAUGUAAUGGACCUGGAGAAUGACAAGCAGCAGCUGGAGGAGAGACUGAAGAAGUAA